AUGGCUGUCGACAACCACCCUACCCACAUCGACCUCCCUCCUCCCCUGGUAUCGCCAAAUGAAACUGCGAAAGGCACCCCCGUAUCAGACUAUGAGCGACCGAUGUCACCUUUACAUAUGCCUCCCGGGCAAAUUGAUGGGUUGGAUGCUUUGAAAGCCCAGGAAUACAUGAAUGGGCGACGAGGAUCCGGUCAGAGUAGCAACUUGCAUCUGCACAUACCGGGAAUGGUUUCACCUGCUGAUGUAGCAUUUUCGGCUAUGCACUAUCUGCCAUACCCUGUAAUUGUCUUGGAUAGCUCCAAAACGGUGGUUCUCGCAAACGAAGCCUCGGCGAGGCUACUGAGUGUAAAUGAUGGCGAAAGUGAAGCAGAAGAAGACCAACAACCGGCAGAACGAUACAAAGGUCAAACUCUCGCCCAACUGGGUAUUGACAUGAUGUCAGAUCUCAAGCCGGUAUGGGUUACCUGGGAUUUGUUCUUGGAUAGUCUGGGCGAUGAAAUCAAUGUCCAUUGCAAUGCACAAGAAUCGGUGUCUUCGGAAUGUGAAGGAGAUGUGACACCAACUGCAGAAAGAGCCGAUCCUCAAAACCGCUUUGCGACGCACGCUGAAAAGAAGACAUCUAUGGUUCAUGAUGCGGUAGUGGAAGUUGUCAUCACAGCUGGGUCGAUCACAGCAUCCACUUUUGCAGGACGGAUAGCUAAGAAAAUGGCAGAUAGACAUUCUUAUGCCAAGAUGAUCAUUAGUAUUUUCGAAAUCGAAGAUGAAAAAUACUUUCUCUUGACCUUCACGAGUACUGAAACUAAUCAAUCUGGACUACCUAGCCCGAAGCGAAGCUCGAGAAAGAUUCACAACCCUAAAUUUAAACUAGGUUCUAGCAAUGACUCCAAGUCUUCCAGCUCUCUGUCACAUUCAAACCCAUCAUCCGCAAGCUCUGAACAUGGUUCCAAUCAUGAUUCAAGUCAGGGAUCUAGUGGCUCUUCUGCGAUUACUAGUCCUACGAAUGCACCCAUGUCAUCUUCUCCGUUUCCACCUUUGGGUCCUCCAUCUCGCGUCAAUAAAUCAGGAGCCCCGUCAAUCUUACAGAAAGUAAUCGUGUUGAAAGAUGCAUUGUUGGAUAACACAGAAGUUCCUAUUCUGGCCAUGUGGAAGGAUGAAAGCUUGACGAUACCCAAUAAAGCUGCAAGGAGACUGUUUGCGAGAGAGGCCGACAUGUCAACGGUUAAAAAUGGGUUCGAUUUAGUUCAGAAGUGGCAUUGCUAUAAUCAUGAUUUUUCGGAGGCUCUAGAUCCGGCAGAUUAUCCCAUUUCAAUUCUCGUCAGAACGCAAACACCAUUUUCUAGCCGCUUGCUCGGGAUGUAUGACCCUGAUACUGAGGAGAAGGUUCUAUAUGAUUGUUUAGGAGAAGCAGUUCGAGAUCCAGAUACUGGCGAGUUUUUGGCUGGUAUUGUUACUUGUAGGGAUAUCACAGCCGUGACGCAACAGAUCGCCGAAAUAAAAGAGGCUGAUGAGCAGAGAUUCCAAAUAAUUUGUGAUAGUAUGCCGCAGCUCAUUUGGACCACCACUCCCGAUGGCAUGCAUGACUGGUUUAGUCAGCGUUGGUAUGACUACACGGGUCUGACCGUUGAAGAAUCUCUGGGUGAGGGUUGGAAAUUGCCAUUCCAUCCAGAUGAUAUGGCGUUGACAAAGAAGCGCUGGCUGCAUUGUCUGGAGACUGGCGAUCCUUAUACCACCGAGUAUCGUUGCAGAAAACACGAUGGAGAAUGGCGAUGGAUGCUUGGACGAGCUGUUUGUAUGAGGAAUAAAGAUACUGGCAAAAUCCAAAAAUGGUAUGGAACAUGCACGGAUAUCCAUGAAGCUGUGAUGUCAAGAUUCGAAGCUAAACGCCUUCGUCAACAAUUAUUGUCCGUCAUUACACAUGCUCAAGUUACACUGUUCUCAGUGGAUCGACAUCGCAAACUUAAUCUCCUCGAAGGCUCUUUCAUAUGGGAUCUUGACAGCGAUGUAGGAUCUAGCGAUGAGAGUGUUGCCGGCAGUGGUAAAGCUAAGGGAAGUGAUUAUAUUGGAAGGAAUGUCUAUGAAGUCUUCUCGAACCCAAAUAAUCAAAGGCAACGACAUGACAUGAUCCCUUCUUCACUACAGCCAAUCGAGGAUAUUUUGACUGGAAAGACAAUGGAAGAUAUGCAGGAACACGUGAUCGACAACAGAUGGUAUCGAACAAAAUUCGUCCCCGUUUUAGGUAAGAAAGACGGAGGCGGCCACAUCAACGAAGCAUUCAUCGAUGGUGUUAUUGGGUUGUCUAUGGAUAUAACAGAAAUUAAGGAUCGAGAAAACGAUCUCCAGAUGCAAGAAAGGGAGAACACAAGACUUCUUGCCAACGAAGCAGCUGCCAAAGAAGCAAGUCGUUUGAAGAGUCAGUUCCUCGCCAACAUGAGUCACGAAAUUAGAACACCCAUCGCGGGGGUAAUCGGAAUGGCUGAACUUCUGACUGAUAUGAAUCUCGAUGAAGAACAACAAGAGUGUGCUGAAAACAUCCAACGCUCUGCCAACGCACUUCUUACAGUUAUCAACGAUAUUCUUGAUUUCUCAAAGGUUGAAUCUGGCCGAUUAGACAUUGAAGAAGUUCAAUUUUCUUUGUCGGUUGUGGUACGAGAUGUUAGCAAAAUGUUAGGAUUCGCCGCCGAACGAAAGAAUUUGAUGUUUGAAUCCAACAUUGCUGUAGGGGUUGAAAGAGAUCUGAUCGUUAUGGGUGACCCAGGUCGCGUUCGUCAGAUCAUCACGAACCUCCUUACAAAUAGUAUCAAAUUCACCAGUGAAGGAAGAGUCAAAUUUUCGGUGAUUAAAGAAAAAGAAGAUGCAGAUACUAUCGAAGUGAAGUUUGUAGUUGAAGACAGCGGUAUUGGAAUCGAAGAGGAAGUACGAAAGCGUCUAUUCAAGCCUUUCAGUCAGGCAGAUUCAUCAACAGCACGAAGAUUUGGUGGCACAGGUCUAGGCCUCACGAUCAGUAAAAAUUUGGUGGAUUUGAUGCAUGGUAGAAUCACUUUGGAAUCAUCUUUGGGACAGGGUACAAUGGCGACUUUUUGGAUCCCAUUCAACAAACCACAGUAUCACGAUGGAAAUGUCUUGAUCGAUAUUGGAAGUUUGCCAGAUCGGUUACAAUCUGAAAUGAGUGUCUCUUGUGGUAGCUCAGAUUAUGACGUUGGCCAAUCGCCUCAAAAGAAUCCAUGGGACGUGUCUAAACAUCAUCGGUCUGUUAGCAUGACACCUCCUGUAGUGUCAGAGCUAGAGAUGUCUUCUGCUGAUAGGGCAAAUGUCAAAGUUCUUGUUGUUGAAGACAACGCUAUCAAUCAACAAAUUGCCUUGAAAACUAUUCGAAAAUUGGGCUUUUCCCCUUCGGCUGUUUGGAAUGGAAAGGAAGCCCUCGACUAUCUUCUCGCAGCAGAUUCUCCAAACCCACCUCAUCCAAAGCCAGAUAUUAUUCUGAUGGAUGUACAAAUGCCAAUCAUAGACGGAUAUCGCGCCACGCAUAUAUUACGCCAUCAUUCCCCCUACAAUUACUCGACACGUAACAUCCCAAUCGUAGCCAUGACGGCGUCAGCCAUUCAAGGCGAUCGCGAAAAGUGCCAAAAGGCGGGCAUGGAUGAUUACCUAGCGAAACCUGUCAAGGGCAAAACAUUGGAGAAGAUGUUGGUUAGAUGGGCGAUUAACAGGAGAGUGCCGAAUUCGGAGGGUGAGGUUGAUGAUGGCGGUAGUGAUUGUGCGGAGGGGGAUAAUGAGAACUGUUCAAAGAAAAGUGAGAAAUCGAAAUUUGACCGACGCGCCUCGACGAGUACCGCUCGUAAUCGUUCAUCAAAAUCCAUAGACAAGAGCGAAAACCACGCACUUAAACCCCCAACAUCUUUAAAUGCACCUAAGAAGCCCUACCAACCACAACCCCAUGCAUCCAGACUCGAAACCGACUCGAAACUAGUCGACGCAACGAAACAAUCCAAAGAUUCAACGAAGCCACUCCUCGAACAACCCCGCCCCACAAAAAGCGAGCGCAAUAAUUCUCAUCGUUUGACACUCCCGCAGCCAGAGGAUGAAGGAGAGAGAGCCGCGAGACGAGAGGGGUUCGAGGAAAAGGCUAAAGAGUUACGGGAUGAAAAAUUGGUCUCGGCGGCUGGUGAUGAGCAUGGUGACAUUCAUAUCCAUGGACACGGGCAUGGAGAACCAAUAGGCGUGGGGGCAGUUGAACCAGCAGCAAAACCACAAAAACUAACGGUAGAAAAUGUGGAGAGGUUGGCAAGACAGGAAAAUGAAGAAAUGGAAAUUGCUGCGAAAUUGGACUUUAGAGUUGGGAAUGGACAUGCAAAUGCGGAUCAAAAGGUGAAGCAAAACGGACACGCUGAAACUGGAAAGGCUGGUAAAGGAUCAGGGAGGGCAUUGAGUGUGCUUAGGGGUGACAGUAUGGAGGUUCUGGGAGAUACAUUAAUGGGUGAUUCCAGUCGCGAAGAUUUGAGUGGGGGAGGUACACAAACGCCGAGUUCGAUGCCGAUUGCGGAUAGUAGGGUAUUCGAGAGUCCGGGAGUGAUGGAGAGCGGGGUUGUUGGAGAUUACUUGGGGGCGAAGAGACGCGAGGGCAGUGAAAUUGAGAACGCAGAAGAAAGGAAGGACAGCAAAGAUAGCAAGUCAAGUCGUCCAAGUGUAGGAAGGCGAUGGAUGGAUAGUGAGGUUACUGUUCGGGGAUCACCUGCAGAAGAGUCUUAG